AUGGGGACUUGUGAGGCAGGGAGGAGGAGGAGGAGGAGGAGGAGGAGGAGGAGAAGGAGGAGGAGGAGGAGGAGCGUCGUUGAUGCAUCUUGGGCUGACUGUGGUCCUCCUUCUCCUCAUUGUCCCCCCCUCCGCGCCCAGGUGACCGUGCUCUCCUUCGCCACCAGCUACGGCACCAUCCGCUUCAGCGUGUGGGACACUGCUGGGCAGGAGAAGUUCGGCGGCCUGCGAGAAGGGUACUACGUGCAUGCCGACUGCGCCUUGGUGAUGUUCGACGUGACCUCGCGGGUGACGUACCAGAACGUGCCGCAGUGGUUCCAGGACGUCCAGAGGGUGUGCGGGAACUCUGUGCCGAUGGUGCUGGUGGGCAACAAGGUAGACGUCGCGGAGCGUGAGCUGAGGGCCCAGCACAUCACCUUCCACCGGAAGCGCGGCAUAGCAUACUACGACGUGAGCGCGAAGAGCCAGUUCAAUUUCGAGAAGCCCUUCCUGCAGCUUGCCCGACAGCUGACAGGUAAGAAGGACCUCCAGCUCGUCGCGGAGCAGGCCCGCCAGCCAGCCGUCGACGUCCACCAGCCUUCCGAAGACAGCCUGGCGGCAGCGAGCAGGCAGCUCGCGCAGGACAACUCGCGUGACCUCGCCGUGGCGUUCGGUCCGGUGGAGGGCGCCGAGGGAGAGCACGUCUUGCAGAUAUGGAACACCGAGGCUGACCGUAAAGAUGAUUUUGGCGGUGUUCUGCCAGACGAGCAGGUGGAAGUGGUGCAGUGGGAUCACCACAGCAACUGCAGCACCUCAAUUGUAUUUUCCAAGGUGCCGAUCACCCACAUGGCCACCCAAAAGGGUAGCUUCUUUCUGGCUGCGGAUGCUACUGGAAAUUGCCAGCUCUUCAACAAGAGGAAGAACUUCGAGCUGAGAUCCGAGGCGGUCCUUCACCCCGGGGGCAUCGUGGAUCUCGCGCUGGACAAGCUGUUCCUCUUCUCCGUCGGGAACCAGAGGGCCAUCCGCGUCUCGUCCGUCCCGGACCUCAGAGAAGUGCUGACGAUCUCCGUCGACCUGAGCCAGGACUUCCUCAGAUGCAUGGGCGCCCCUGCCAGCAGCGGCCCUCUCAGGCGGCCCUCCCAGGGCGCCCGAGCGCCGGCGUCGCCGAGUGCGCACUUCGCCGCGCUGGGCCCGCUGCGCAGGCCCUGCUCGAGGUGGACGGGCAUGCCAGGCGCGGCCCGCUCGGGCGGCUCCGGCGCCCCCCGCGGCUUCCUGUACGCCGCGGGGGUGCUCGGGGACGCCUGCGAGGUGGCGGGCGCGGGCGCGGGAGUGCUCAUGGAGUGGCAGCUGGGCGGGCAGGCCCUGUGCCGCAGCGCCCAGGUGGCGCACGACUCGCCCAUAG